UUAUUAUGGUGAGUUAAUUAAUGUACACUGGUUGUAGCUCUUCUCGACUUCACACUUCAAAAAUUCUGAGUAUUUAGUCUCAUUGUAAUUUAUGUUUAUUGUUGGCUGUGAGGUUAUUUUUCAUAUGAAUAAUGUUGAUUGUAAGGUGUUCGACAAAAUUCCUCAGUGGUCUAUCUGGAGAACCGCAAAGCACAUUGACAGCUCUUUUAUUUUUCUUACAAAGUUUUCAAUCUUUCAAUUAGGAAAAAACUCAAAAAGAAACCCCUCCCUAGUGUUCGCUCUCCACAGAAAACAAUAAUAUGCAAAUUAGAUGAUUCAUUAAUGAGAGUAACUUGUGUUUGUGGAAUUCUUUUGCGUUGCAUUCCAAUCUUGCUAAGCACUAAGUCUUAGUCAAGUUAGGCGCCAUCUUUUAUCCAUUCCUGUAGAAAUUGAGUGAAAAGUUACACAAGCUCUUCCUCACUACUGCUUAGGUUCUAAUGUGUUCACGAACAAACUCUACAAACCAAAAUGGAGUAGGUGUUAUGCAGCCAAAACGUUCCUUGUUUAGGUUUACCUAUGAAGUAAAUGUUCAUUUAUUUAUCUAUAACCAAUAAAGGUAUUUAUUUAUCUUUUAUUUUUCUCAGGUUAUUUUUAAUUCUAAUUGUUCUAGGUUUCUUGUGCCAAAGUAAAAUAAGGUUUUUCUUGUGGAAGAAUAAAGAUGCUUAGUAGGAUAUGCAGACGUAGCUUCAGCUCUGCUUUUCCUCAACCAUGGCUCUUUAUUGGGCUGGGCAAUCCUGGUGAUAAAUACAAGGGAACAAGACAUAAUGUUGGAUUUGAUAUGGUAGAUGCAUUUGCACAGUCAGUUGGCAUCCAGAUGGAUGAUGUACAUUGCAAAGCUAUAUUUGGGAAAGGUUUCCUUAAUGGAGUUCCAGUUUUCCUUGCUAAGCCCCAAACUUAUAUGAAUUUGAGUGGUGAAUCUAGUGGACCACUUGCUGCAUAUUAUAAGCUUCCACUCAACCGCGUGAUUGUGUUUCAUGAUGACAUGGAUUUGCCAUGUGGGGUACUUCGUCUUCACCCUAAAGGAGGUCAUCAUAGUCACAAUGGGUUAAAGAGUGUGAUUUAUCAUUUUCGUGGAAACAAAGAGUUUCCUCGAUUAAGAAUAGGCAUUGGAAGACCUCCUGGUCAAAUGGAUCCGAAGGCAUUCUUGCUUCAAAAGUUUAAUGCAACUGCUCGAGAACGGGUUGAUGUUGCUUUACAAGAAGGGGUUGAUGCGUUGAAGCAGCUCUUAUCCAAAGGCUUAACAGAAUCUGCGAGGUGUUUUAACACUCAACAAAAGUACAAGCAUAUAAGAUUACAGACAAUCCCAACAUGAUCAUGAUUCAAGCCUUCAAGGUUUCUAGCUAGAACCAUUCAAGCCUUCAAGGUUUCUAGCUAGAACCAUACUGCUGGUGCGAAGCUUUUUUCUUUAGACUAUUUGAUUAUCUCUAACAGGGUUGGUUCAUGGAAUGAAUUUUGAGGUAAUAGGAAUGCUAUUCCAUAAGGAAUGGAAUAGGACGGGAAUAGAAUAUGAAUUGUAUUCUAUUGUUUGGUUCGCUGAAGGAAUAGACUUUAGGAAUGUAA